AUGUUAAAUUUGCGGAAACAUUUUAUAUUCAACUCAUUGAGGCUUGUUAGUCGCCGCUUAACUAGCUUAAAUACCGGUGAAAAGCCUUUAAUCAAUUUUCCGAUCUUUUUCAAUUCAAAGAAAUAUUUUUCUACGAUGGAGUCUCAAGAAAAUCAUAAACUAUGCAUGAUUCCUGGCCCAGUGGAAUUUCAUGAAGAUGUACUAUUAUCAAUGUCUACACCAGCAAUUUCUCAUGUUUCACCUUCAUUUAUCCCUAUAUUUGGUGAAUCAAUUGAACUUUUGCGCAAGAUAUUUUUCACGGCUAAUGGUCAACCUUUUGUUGUUUCUGGUUCCGGAACUCUUGGUUGGGAUAUGGUUUCUUCGAAUUUAAUAGAACCGGGUGAAGAUGUAUUAGUUGUAAAUACUGGUUACUUUGGUGAUUCAUUUGCUGAUUGUCUUGGAACAUAUGGCGCCAAAGUUACGCAAGUAAAGGCUGAUAUCGGCGAUCGUCCGGCUCUUGAAGAAAUUCAUAAAGCACUUAUCUCAAAAAAAUUUAAGGCUAUAACUAUCACUCAUGUAGAUACAUCUACUGGAGUACUUUCUGAUGUAAAAGCAAUAGCGGAUUUAGUUAAACGGCAUUCUCCUGAAACAUUGGUGAUUGUUGAUGGCGUAUGUUCUGUUGGAUCCGAAGAAAUUCGUGUGGAUGAGUGGGGUAUUGAUAUCGUUUUAACCGCAAGUCAAAAAGCUAUUGGUGUUCCUCCAGGAUUAUGUAUCUUGAUUGCAAGCGAAAAAGCUAUGAGUGUAUUCAUUAUGAACUCCUAUGAAAGCAGGAAAGGAAUGUACUUUGCCACUCCACCAGUUCAGUUAAUAUAUGCACUUCAUACAAGUCUUAAACAAAUAACCUCAAUUCCGCUUGAGAAACGUUUCCAGCAACACAAAGAAGUCAGCAAUUGGAUCAAAGAUUCUCUUGAGGAAUUAGGAUUGAAAUUUGUUCCAAAAAAUAGAGAAGUUUCUGCUAACGGAAUGACAGCUGUUUACUAUCCUGAAGGCAUCAAAGCAACUGACCUUAUUCCCAGGGUAGCAGAACAUGGUGUCGUUAUUGCAGGUGGUCUGCAUAGAAAGAUUGCUUCACAAUACUUCAGGGUUGGUCAUAUGGGUAUUAGUGUAACUGAACCCCGUAGAAAACAUAUAGAAAAAACAAUUGAGGCACUUAGAGAAAAUUUAAAUAAAUUGGGCUAUAAAUCUAAAGGUGCCAAUUAG